ACUAGAGUAUUACCAUGCGUGCAGAACUCCGUCCCCUAAACAAACGGAGGGGCGCACAGGGAGUAUGAAAAAAGCCGUCAGAAACAACUCGGACGUGACUCAGUAAAUCUCUUUGCAGCCUGCCUCGACCCAAAAAUAAUCAGAGAUCCCUCCUCCCCGAUCAGAUCAAACCAGAUCUUUUGUCAGUUCAACCGCUCAAUUCACCUCAAUAACUCACUAGCUCAGGAAUAGAGAUUAACAAAUUCUUGAGUAUCCAUCCGGCUCAAAUCGGUUUUUUCCGUGUCCAGGCAACGACUACCUCGAUGCAGCCUUCGGCUUCUGAACGGAAUGAUUCAGCUUUUACUGCUGAUAUGAACACAUCGACAAAUGUAGGAAACGGUUUUGCAUCAGACUCAGUGUUUGGAGAUAAUGUGUUUUAUGCAACCCCAGUUGGAGUAGAACAAAUUUCUCCGGUUCCUGCUUCUCCUGCAGACAGUUUACCAGUCUCAUCUGAUGAUGUUGCCUCUUCUGGACCCCAAACUACAGCCAGGCCCAGUCUACCGGGACCUCUGCAAAGUGUACCUGCUCAGUUUGUCGGGGGAGUUGAAAUGGAAGAAGCAGCAGGAAAAAGAGUUGAAAUUGAUCGUGAAUCGCUUGAAAAGAGACCUGGGAUUUUCUUUAUAGGUUCUCCUAAUGUUGGCAAACGGACUAUCCUCUCCCGAUUACUCUCUGUAGAUUUUGAAGAUGCUUCUGACUCGUCACGUGAUUUACUUGCAUAUGGGUGGACUAUUGACACCAAGUAUUACUCAGCUGAUGUUUCUUUGUGGAUGGCGCAUCUUCAGGAUGGAUUUUCAGUAGAAGCUCUUCCAGUAUUUGAUAGAUUGGCUGCUUUAGUGAUGGUCUUUGACAUGAAUGAUCUAUCAUCUCUCGAUGCACUUAAGAAAUGGGUUUCUCGCACUGAUAUUCAAACUUUUGACAUAUUGUUAUGCAUUGGAAACAAAGUGGAUCUUCUUCCGGGUCAUUCAGCACAUGUUGGAUACAGAAGACGUUUGCAGAAACUUGAAGAAUCCUGGGGUAGUACUUUUUCGGAGCUAGAUUAUGGAAUAUCAGAAACAGAAGGAAGUAGCUUAUUAGGAGACGAAGAAUCAUCAGGGCAGAUAAAGAAUUCAUGUUUGGAAUGGUGCGCCGAACACAACAUUGAAUAUGUAGAAGCUUGUGCAUCCAAUGCUGAUUUUGACAAAUGUUUAUCUGUCGAUGGUGAUUCACAGGGUGUAGAGAGGAUUCAUGGAGCCCUCUCUGCUCAUAUGUGGCCAGGAAUGAUAUUAAAGUCUGGGAAUAGGAUUGCUGAACCUUCAUUGCCUGAGAGUCAAGAAUUGUCAGAAGACGAGUCGGACUAUGAAAUCGAGUAUGAAGUCUUAUCUGAUGGUUCUGCCGAACCAUGGGAUGACACAGACGGAGACUGGGUUUCUGCUAGUCACUUCACAUCAGUAGGUGAUACGCAAGGACUUGUCAAUCAAAACCUCGCUACGGAGAAUACUAAAGAAGAGAGAAACAAUACAUUAGCUAGAGAGCUGCAGCCCUCAACAUCGGCAUCUACCUCGCAGGAAGAGAUCGACAAGGAUGAAAGUUCUACUGCAGAUAUCUCUGACAAAGCCUCAGAAUCUGACGAGGGUGCACCUUAUGCAUUGGAUAAUUUGGAACAUAUAAUGUCUGAAAUCGGGACCAUGCGUGACAGUUUGAGGUUGAUGCCAGAUUUUCAGAGGAGAGAAAUGGCAGCAAAUCUUGCCAUGAAAAUGGCUGCCAUGUUUGGAGAUGAAAGUGGUGAUGAAGAGUGAUUUUGUUGAUCUUCUAGAAUGGGUGAGUUACUAGCUUAAGUUGCACUGAUAAAUGAUUAGUCACAUAGUUGUUGCUGUUUUCACAGUUUUCCUUUAAUAGAGAUAAUAUUAUGGACUUGUGGUAUAAUUUUUUAAA